AUGGGAUCUCAGCCAAAGAAAAACUCAGCAGAAUGGUUUAUUGGUCAACUCAAUGUUGAUAAUGCCAAGUUGUUGGCAUUUUUCCUUGUCCUUGGUUUCAUAGGAUAUCAUGGCAUACUACAUUUAAGAUAUGGUCCAGACUCUUGUACUUGGUUACUAUCAUCGGGAAGAUAUAAAGGUGAUCAUGAAUGGCAACCAUAUGGCUGUAUGUUACAUAAAUACUCUAAGACUGAUGCCAGGAGGUGUUUGCGUUACUUAGCGUUCUGGGGGAAAUAUAAUUCAUUUGCAUUUAUCGGUGAUACACGGCUUGAACAGUUAUAUGAGCACUUUAUAAGUGGUCUUAAAACUCGUCUGGAUAUUGACACAUCAUAUUCAACUAUAGACCAUCACCUGCCCAAUUAUACAUAUAUAGAUAGCAAGCUUCGUCUUUCUGUAACAUUUAUUUGGAGCGAUGAUGUUUCUAAAACAAUGGUGGAUAAAUUUAGGGUGUGGCAGACUUUGGAUCGCCCUCCAUCUGUAAUUAUAGCAAGCAGUGGGCUUAAAUUAGUAAAGAGUAGAAAUGUUACUGAAUCUUACUUGGAGGAAUACAAGAGGAAUUUAACUCGUUUAGUUCAGCCAAUAGAUGCACUAGCUCUAAGAGGAACACAAGUUUUAUGGAAGCUUUUGGAAGGCGUUGAUUCUACAAAAUUGAAGAAUAAUAUUAAGAUCAACAAUAAUGAUAUUGACAUAUACAAUAAAGCAGUUUUUGAGAUCUUGCAACACAGUGCCACUAAGAUCUGGAAUGUUCCGCGGUUGGCGGCAGCUGGUGCUCCAUCUCCAGAUGGCAUGUCGCUCAGCCUCACAGCCUUGAGACACUCAACUCAGAUUCUACUCAAUAUGUUUUGUAACGAUCACAUGAACUUCAACGAUGGGACCUGCUGUGCUCAGCCAGAACCAUGUACACAGCUGCAAUUGCUAACCUUUGCGCUGUUUUUAUUGUGUGCAGUGUUAGUCGGAGCCAGAUCGAUAUGGCGCUGGUCCCAGACAUUCAAGCAGAAGAUAGAUGGUUACUCACUGGUCAAUCAGCCACCCAAGAAGACGCCAUCGCCGAUGGUGGCUCUAGCCAAGCUCGGGAUGAUUAUGUCAUAUUUUUAUCUGUGCGACAGAACCAAUUUCUUUAUGAAAGAGAAUAAAUAUUACUCAGAGUGGAGUUUCUGGUUGCCCGUGGGCUAUGUGUUCGCGUUGGGACUGUUUUUCACAGACGAGUCUCGGUCCAGCAGAUAUAAGUCGCGUUUCAGCCACUCGCGCGUUCUGCACCGCGAACAGACCGACGAAUGGAAGGGCUGGAUGCAGUUGGUGAUACUGGUGUAUCAAGUAACUGGCGCCAGUAAGGUGCUCCCAAUUUAUAUGAUGGUGCGUGCUCUCAUCUCCUCGUACCUCUUCUUGACUGGAUACGGGCAUUUCUAUUACACGUGGAAGACGGGAGAUACUGGCCUAGUUAGAUACUUUCGCGUGAUAUUUCGCCUGAAUUUCUUCACAAUUGUGUUGUGUCUCACAAUGAAUCGGCCAUACCAGUUCUACAGUUUUAUACCGCUUGUUUCCUUCUGGUACACUCUGAUGUUCGUAAUAUUCGCACUGCCACCACAUAUAACGCCAAUGUCCAGUCACACGGUGGAAUCGAAGCCGUACCAAUACAUCUACAUCGGUAUUAAGGUCGUCGGUCUUCUCUCCGUGGUGACGGUCCUCUUCCUCAGCGAAGUGUUCUUCCAGAAGAUCUUCGUGAUGCGGCCGUGGAAAGCUCUUUUCGUCAAUUCGGAUGACGAUAUACACCAGUGGUGGUUGGAUUGGAAGCAAGAUAGAUAUUCAAUGGCGUACGGCAUAAUAUUUGCCAUAGCCUAUUUACUAGCUCAGCGAUACAACUUACUAGACGACAACAACCACAGCAACCUCUUCACACCUGGUAUCUCCCUCUCAGCCACGCUUCUGGCCUUCAUAGGCCUCGGGAGCUACGUCACCUUCACGUUCCUCUGCUCCAACACGUUCGACUGCAACGAGAUACACAGUUACGUCACGUUCCUCCCGAUCGUCAGCUACAUUUUGCUGAGAAACGUCUCGGGCGCGCUGAGAACGCGACACUCGAGUCUCUUCGCGUGGUUCGGAUGUAUCACGCUAGAGCUCUUCGCCAGCCAGAGCCAUAUCUGGCUGGCCGCGGACACCCAUGGGGUCCUGGUUCUCGUCCCGGGCGCGCCGAUACUCAAACUUGAUCCUCACUUCGUACAUCUUCGUGUUCACUGCGCACGAGAUUCACAAGUUGACGGGGAUCAUUCUACCGUACGCGGUCCCUGA